CAUCUCAACAUAAAUUAGUUAAGGUAAAUCUCUCUCUUGUUCACUGUAUUAUUGUCAUGGCGGAAACAACAUCAUUUGUUGCCCAACAACACUACCCUUCCGAACCUAAAUUGAAUGUUGCCCCACUUUACUUCAAUGCUUCUUCUCAGGAAGCAGAGGUAGAUCAUCGCCAUGCUUAUCUUUAUUCAGCCUCUGAAGAUGAAAUACCCACAGUUGAUUACUUGCUAUUAUUCUCUGAUGACCCAGUUCAACGGUUUCUUGCCCUUGAAAACCUACGUCAAGCAUGCCAGGAAUAUGGCUUCUUCUAUCUGGUAAACCAUAACAUUCCAGGUGAAGUGUUGGACAGUGUUCUAAAGGGAUUUUCUGGUUUCUGUGAUCCAAAAACAAUAGAUGAGAGAAAGGUUUUCGGAAAAAGUGGCCCAUCGGAUAAAAUUCGAUGGGAUCUAAACUCCUCUGCUGGGGAAAAUAGGGAGUAUCUCAAGGUCGUCGCACAUCCCCAGUUCCAUUCUCCUUCGAAUCCAUCAAGUCUUAGAAAAAAUAUAGAAGAAUAUCACAAAGCCAUGAGGAUGAUGGUAGUAGGACUAGCAAGAGCAGUGUCCAAAACCCUAGGGUUUGAAGAAGACUACAUAGAGAAGGAAUUCAACCUGAAGUCAGGGUUUGAUGUAAUGGCCUUGAACCUUUAUCCACCCAAUUCUAGGUCCAAGGGGGCUAUUGGCAUCCCUGAACACACUGACCCUGGCUUUGUGAUUACACUCGUGCAAGAUGUAGAUGGUGGACUCCAAAUCCUAUCCCACCAAGGAAAGUGGAUUAAUGUUCAUAUUCCUCAUCAUGCCAUACUCAUCCAACUUGGUGAUCAUCUUGAGAUCUUAACCAAUGGAAAGUACAAGAGUCACAUCCAUCGAGUUAUUGUGAAGAAUAACGAGGUGCAAAGGAUAUCUGUUGUCACCCUUCAUGGACCUGCGUUGGACAAAUUUAUAAGCCCGAGCACAGAGUUUGUUGAUAGAGAAAACCAGCAAAAAUACCAAGGAAUGACCUACAAAGAAUCCUUGGAAGCAAAUGGUGGCGAUGAGAUCGAUGUGCAAUCAUCACUUGAAAAGCUUAGACUUGUGUGAUGCUUAAAUUAGGAAAGGAGGAAAAAAGAAAGGUGGAUACGGAUUACCAUGCAGUGAGAAAGAAAAAAAAAUAUUGUUAUGAUGAGUGAUAUACUAUAUGAUUGAAAGAUAGAUAAAAUGAAAUAAUAAACAUUUUAUGUAUGAGAGUAUCCGCCUAUCAUUAUUCAUUAAUAAAUAGGGACUCACUUUCUAACACA